GUUUGAAUUGGCAUCAGAUGUUUUAUGUCUAUAUAGAUGUCUCUGUUCCUUUGGUUCUCGAUUUCUUUUGGUUCAUCAGACACACUCUUCUCAAUACAAUCAGUCUAAUUGAUAAUCAUUAUUUUGGUGCACAAUUCAAUACGCUCCACUUUAUACACUAUCCUUGUUCAUCUCUAUAUUCAUAAAUUCAUCUUUCCGGGGAAGCAGGCGAAAUGGGGAUGGAGUUCUUCAAGCUGUUCGUCGCCUCUCCAGAUGUUGACCCAAACACCCGCAAGGCAAAGUCGAUUCCUAUUCUCAACCCAUUCGAUCGAUAUGGGCGCGUCUUCUUCUUCUCGUGGCUUGGGUUCAUGGUUGCAUUCCUCUCGUGGUAUGCAUUUCCACCUCUGUUGACUGUCACUAUCCGACAAGAUUUGCAUAUGACCCAGCAAGAUGUCGCAAAUUCAAACAUCAUUGCCCUUUUGGCUACAUUUUUGGUCAGAUUUAUCGCCGGACCGCUCUGUGACCGUUUCGGUCCUCGCUUGGUGUUUGUCGGUUUGCUACUAUGUGGUUCGAUUCCGACAGCCAUGGCCGGUCUUGUCACCACCCCUAAAGGCCUGAUUGCACUGCGCUUCUUCGUUGGUAUCCUCGGAGGUACUUUCGUUCCUUGCCAGGUCUGGUGUACCGGCUUCUUUGACAAGAAGAUUGUGGGAACUGCCAACUCGCUGGCAGCGGGUUGGGGUAACUCUGGUGGUGGAAUUACAUACUUCGUCAUGCCUGCCAUCUACGACUCUCUCGUUCACACCUCAGGCCUUCCGCCGCAUAAGGCCUGGCGAGUGUCCUACGUGGUUCCCUUUAUCAUCAUUGUAUCUCUGGCGCUGUGCAUGCUUUUUACCUGCGAAGAUACCCCCACAGGAAAAUGGUCGGAGCGUCAUAUCUGGAUGAAGGAUCAGGAGGUACCGGAAGGCAACAUCGUCAACAUCAACUCGGUCAACCCAUCCAGCCCUCCCUCCGUCAACAACUUCAUGACCCCCGAUUUGGAAAAGAAGGGCGCACAAUCACCCGAGGUGGUAGACCAAGGUCAAGCGGUCGGACAGGUGGACAUCUUCAAAAAGGACACAGUGGUGGCCCCGAGCCGCAAGGAAGCCAUGAAUGUCAUUCUCAGUCUGUCGACAUUCGCCGUUGCCAUUCCAUACGCCUGCUCUUUCGGUGCUGAACUAUCGGUCAACUCAAUUCUUGGCGAUUACUACUCUGAGAACUUUCCACACAUGGGACAGACGCGGACUGGUCAAUGGGCCGCCAUGUUCGGCCUUUUGAACGUCGUGUUUCGCCCUGCUGGUGGUUUCCUUGCAGACGUUCUGUACCAGUACACAGACUCGGUGUGGUCGAAGAAGCUUCUGCUUUCAUUCCUUGGAGUUGUCAUGGGAGCCUUCCUCCUGGCGCUGGGUCUGGCAGACCCCAAGACUGAAGCAGCUAUGUUUGGUCUCUCCGCCGGUCUUGCAUUUUUCCUAGAGUCCUGCAACGGUGUGAUCUUUGCUGUUGUCCCGCAUGUUCAUCCCUUUGCCAAUGGCAUUGUCUCCGGCGUGGUCGGUGGUAUGGGUAACCUCGGCGGAAUCAUCUUCGCCAUCAUCUUCCGCUACAAUGGUGGCCACUAUCCCCGCUCCUUGUGGAUCAUCGGAGUGAUCGCCAUUGCAGGCAACCUGGUCGUUUCCUGGAUUAAUCCCGUCCCCAGAAGUCAGAGGGUACGAAGCUAAAUGUCGCUAUCGACACACAAACAUCUUUACAUGAUCGACGCUGGAAUCGUUCACAAUAGCCCUAAUGAUUUGUCUAAGAGCGAUUUUUUUCAUUAUACAAGGAGUUUUGGGAAAUGAUAUGGGAAAUUGUACAUAAUUGUCGAGACAUAGCGGGGUAUAUAGAUGAAUGCUGGUUCAUUUUUUCAAGGCAUAUAAACUACUUUUUUGCUUCAG